GUUGUAGAGAAAAACGGGAACAAGAGGGAGACGGAGGGAAAGCAGGAGGAGAGUUUGGUGUCAGAAUGAGUCGGCAACAUAACAGUCCAGCGAUGGAAAGCACUGAUCGAUAGCUCGGUAGGUGACUAGAUAUAUUACUAUUAUCAGUUAGAGAGUGGAUGUCGGCUGUGCGUGAAGAAGAAAGAAGAAAAGCAGGAGAAACAUGAGUCGGCAGCAGCAGCAGCAGCCCCAGGGAGUGGUUUUAACGGGUUACCACAGCAACGCGGAACUGUUGCCGAAAAGUGGACUGUGUGCUCCCAGCGGGCCGCCAGCCCAGGACCCCGGGUCCACAGAGCCCAGCCGCAGAACAGGCCACUACACUAUUCAGCAGAACCAGAACACACAUCAUGUAGACAGAUAUGGGCCUUCCACUACCACCAGUAGUACUAAAACCACCAGUACUGACCAAUCGUCACUACCCAACCCAAGCCUGGCCGCUUGCUCUCAGCCCUACUCCAGCACUAAGCCAGGCUCCAGCCCCAAACCAGGCUCCAGCCCCAGGCACAGUCCCAUUUCCAGGUUCAGACCUCGGCCCACAUGUCAGCGCUGCAACUCUCAGGACUCUCUGGACGAGCUUGAGAUGGACGCCUAUUGGAAGGAGGUGGAGAAUAUCACUCGCUCAGGAGAAGGAGCAGGGAGCGGAGAAGGUGGAGGAGAAGGAGAAGUGCAGGAGGAGGAGCAGCAGAAAACUCCUGAGGAAGGUGAACAGGAGGAGGCGUGGCUUACAGAGGCGGGGCUAGCACGGCUGUUUGAUGAUUCACUGGCAGCUGACCUGGAUCAGGAAGAAGACAGCGCAGUGUUCCUGUCUACUCUGACCAGAACUCAGGCGGCCGCUGUGGAACGUCGUGUGGCAUCACUACAGCAGACUCUACGUCGACGCAACCGGCAACAUGUUCCUGAUGUUAGGGAUAUAUUCAGACCUCCUGAAAAGGAUGAGGAGCCGAGUAAACUCAAAGGGGGAAGUGAGAAUGGACGAAAAGAUGUCACUUCAGCUGAAGCAGAGACAGAACUGAACGUUGAAGUGGCGUUUUCAGAGCAGGCGCUCACAUACAAGGACAUCCACCAAAGGUUAAAGGUCACCACAAGCCCUAACUCACCUGACGACAAACUACCGAACUUUAAGCUGCUCCGAGAUAAAACAGGUCAGACGCGAAUAGGAGAUCUGUCUCCUCUGGAUAUGAAAAAGGUGCGUAGACUGGUGUUGGUGGAGAUGACUGCUCUGUUUGACACUGCCGGGAUAGACGUGAAGGCUCACAAAGCUGUCAAAGUUAAGACUAAAGAAACUGGUCUGUUUGGUGUUCCCCUUGCCACUUUAUUGGAUCAGGACCAGAGGCGGGCUCCUGUGACCAAAGUGCCAUUCAUACUGCAGAGGCUUAUCAGUCAUAUUGAGGAGGAAGGAUUAGACACAGAGGGGCUGCUACGGAUCCCUGGAGCGGCCACUAGAGUCAAGACGUUGUGCCAGGAGCUCGAGUCCUCUUUCUAUGAUGGGAUGUUCUCAUGGCAACAGCUGAAACAGCACGAUGCUGCAAGCCUUUUGAAGCUGUUCAUCAGGGAGCUACCCCAUCCUUUACUGACUGUGGAAUACCUCAAUGCAUUUAUUGCUGUCAACAAGCUACCCACAAAGAAGCAACAGCUGCAGGCUUUGAACCUGCUGGUCCUUUUGUUACCUGAGGCCAACCGGGAUACUUUGAAGGCGCUUGUGGAGUUCUUCCAACGUGUCAUUGACCAUCAGGCCAAGAAUAAGAUGACCCUCAACAAUGUCUCUGUUGUCAUUGCACCCAACAUCUUCAUGUUCAAAGGCUUUCGCUCCAAGGUGACUGAACAACAGGAGUUCUCCAUGGCAACAAGCACGGCCAACAUCGUCCGGCUGCUGAUUAGAUACCAGAAUCUUCUAUGGACAAUUCCCAAGUUCAUUGUGACUCAGGUCAGAGAACAAAACAUGGAAAGUCACCGGAAACAAAAUAAAGAGCGAGCUGUAAGGAAGCUGCUGAAGAAGAUAACUACCGACAAACCAUCUGAUAAAGCUGCCCCAGAGGAGAGUUCACAAGGAUUCAUUAGAGUCCAAGCACCACAGUUCAGUAAAGUCUCCAUGGCAAUUCAGCUUACUGAAAAGCUGCAAGCUGCUGAUGUAUUAACACGCUUCCUCAGCCAGGACAGUUCCAUGGCAGUGAAACAAGAAGAGCUGUGUCUCUAUGAGAUUGGUGGGAACAUCCAGGAAAGAUGUCUAGAUGGGGAAACAUAUAUGAAAGACCUCUUCCAGCUCAACCCUACAGCAGAAUGGGUCAUCAAAACUGUACAGCGAUAAACUCCUACCAUCAUGCCCUGCUACAUGCUGGACUGCUCCACAUUUAUUUCACCACUGUGUCCUGCUGAGAAGAGACGUUUGGUUGGCCCUGAAACUGCCAAAAAAUACAAGUAGGCUAGUCCAAUUUUAAACCAAUGAAACCUAUCAGGUUUGGUGAAAUCUUUGUGGAAAUAUUGUAUAGUAUAUUUUUUAUCCACUUAGCUCAACAAACAGAUUUUCAGACAUGAAAAAAGGGCAAUUACGUGCAUACAUUUCCAUUUUUCCCAACCUGCCUUAUGGUCUUUUCAGACGGGGAGCAAUUGACUCGCCUAAUUAUUAUAUUAAAAGACCUUUAUGCUACAGUUUGGAUUUCAGCUAGCCUACAGUAUCAGACAGUCGUGCAGGUGAAAGAAAACCUCUGGAGUCCUGACAGACCACUCUUGUACUGUGGUGGAAAUAUACCAUUUCUCCCAGUUUGUCACAGUACUUGAGCCACAACAUUGUGAUUCUUAAUUAUUAUGUGAUACUGUAAGUAUUGCAGUUGUAUACUGUGAUUUUUUUUUUUGCCACUAAUCACUUUGUUGUUUCUGCUGUGAUAAGCUGAAUUAAUACAUUUUUGGACAAUAAAAUAUCAAAAUUCUUAAAAAUAACGAAUCAAUUACAUAACAAAAAAAAGUAAGUUCUAUUUUCUGUACAACUAACUUUGAGAGUAUUGGCUUUUAUUUAUUUAUAUUUUCAUUAUAAGCCCUAAAAAGUAAAUAUUUGGUCACCAUAUUGAAUGUUUAUAUAUCAAAGCACUUAACCAGAAGGGAAUGAACAUGGGGAGUGAAUGGCUGUAGCGGAGCGGUGAAUAAUUACUACUGUAGUGUAAGUUGUAUGUGAGGGAGGGGGGCCCUUUAUGUGGCAGGCCUCGACUGCUAACCAGGAAACUCAAUGAUGACAUCACUGUUUUUAUGGUACAUUAAUAUUCCUGUACUUUGUAACUUUUUAAACCAUAGUUGAGUUGAGAUGUUUUGAGGUUGUUAAUGUGUGAAUCCAUCUUCAAGAACUGCUACUCACCAGUGUACAAGAAAAGGAAAUGUGUACUGUAUAUAUAGUAGCCUGUGUGUAAGCUCGGAUGGAAUUCAUCAAGUCAAUUACCUUACGAGUUGUGCACCAAAGACUUGAUCAUUUUAAAGAUAUGUUGGAUUCUUAAGCAAUAAUUUGAAAUAAAUAAAUUGUUGAUGUAUACGUGGCCUUCAUAAAUGAUACAUUCUCACAUGAUGGGUUGCAAAGGUAUCUGGACACCAAUACCUUUGGCUUUUGCUGUUUUGAUUUUGGCUCUGUACUCUUCACAGUCUGGGUAUCCGUUGUAGAAAAUCUCCAUUUUAUCUUUUUGGCACAUAGCUGUAUUUCUCUUGGCUUUCAGCAAAAGUCUAAUAUGAUCCUGUGCUGUUUCUCACAGUUUCAACGGCCUGUGGAGGAUCAUAUCUGCACCACAAAUUCAAACAUUACGGAUGUUUCUCUUGUGGAAAGCUAUGGAGUGUUAACAACAAAUUACUGUUUGAAAUGUUUUAUGAACUGAGUCACUCCCUGCCUUGUAUUAUCUUGUUUACUGUGAAUGCUUGUGGGUUUUUCCAAAUAAUGAUGUCUUUGUCUUAUUACUGCCUCUCAAAUGACCACUAAAACAGCCUGUAAAUAAACAUGCCGUUUUUAAUUA